CUAUAAGGAACUGUCAUGUGUGUUUAUAAUACUGAACAAGAACCUCAUGGAGAAAAUGAUUACUGAACAUUUCCCAUUUUGCAAUAGCAACUUUCCCACAUCCAAUAGAAUCCACAUGUCCUUGAUUUGUGUGCACACAUUUAGCUUUUCAAUCCUUUUCCUUUCCCUUGUUCAUUAUUGAUUUAUGUCUAUGGGAAUGAUAAUCACCAAAAUUAUAACAUGUGUGCUUUGACUCAUUGCUGUACAACUCAUGCGAGUUACUCUCAGAGUCCCACAUUCGAGGGAAAGCUAUCACUCAAAAAUCUCUGGCUGCAAUUCUGAGUUUCAGCAAAGUCUCUGUUCAGGAAAUGCUUCCAUACGUUGCUUUAACGGAUUACAUCUCAGAGUGGUGGAGAGCUCAGCAUCACACCCAGGAGAGUUAGGUGAGAGAAUGAGGUCCAGGAGCAGUGGGAUGGAGGCUCCUGACAGUGGAUGCCUUCAAGUCAAACAGCCUAGCAAAGACUACCAAAAAGACAAGGAGGAAGGAGACAGCAUUGAGGAUAUGAUUAAGAAAAGUCCCACCACGGUGGAGAAGGAGAAGGAAGAGAAAGUAGAGGAUGGUCUUGUACGUGCAACGGUGAAGAGAUCACAGAAACCAGCAGGAGAAAAGUGCAGGAAGAAAGCAGGACAAAUGCAGCUUUCUAAAGAGGAGCUGCUUCACCUGCUUGGCAUCAUGGAGGGAGAGGUGCAGGCUCGUGAGGACAUUAUUCACAUGCUGAAGUCGGAAAGGACGCGGCCCGAGUCCCUGGAGGCUCAGUAUGGAUCAGCUGUCCCCAUCACGCCUCUGCAGGCCUUACAGAGAGACAACAUGCUCACCUGUAACAAGACACGUGAAGACGACGUCUACGAGAUCCCCAUGAUGGAGCUGGACCGUUUGGAGGAGAAGCACAGAGAGACGUACAGGAGGAUGCUGGAGCAGCUCCUGCUGGCUGAGAAAUGCCACCGUCGCACAGUGAACGAGCUGGAAUCCGAGAAGCGCAAACACGUCGACUUCAUGAACAAGAGCGAUGACUUCACUAACCUGCUGGAGCAUGAGCGCGAGAGACUAAAGAAACUGUUGGAGCAGGAGAAGGCAUACCAAGCCCGUAAAGACAAGGAUCACAGCAGACGGCUAGAAAAAGUAAGAGAAGAGCUGGUGAAGCUGAAGUCCUUCGCUCUGAUGCUGGUGGACGAGAGGCAGCUCCAUAUUGACCAGAUUGAUCAGCAAAGCCAAAAGAUCAUGGACCUCAGCAAAAAGCUGCAAGAGAGAGAUCAACAUCUGGAAAGUGUCACCAGCAAAUACAAAGAGGACAGUCAGAGAAUUCAGAAGUUGGAAGUGGAGUUAGAGCAUAAAGCUGCUAAAUUCUCACAGGAACAUGAGGACAUGACAACCAAGCUCUCCAGUCAGGAGUCCCAAAACCGACAGUUACGCACAAAGCUGGCUGGUCUGUCUCGGAGAAUUGAGGAGCUGGAGGAAAGUAACAAAGCACUGCAGAAAUCCGAGGAGGAUUUGCAAGAGUUAAGGGACAAAAUCAGCAGGGGAGAAUGUGGAAACUCAAGCCUCAUGGCUGAGCUUGAAACUCUCCGUAAAAGAGUGCUGGAGAUGGAGGGAAAGGAUGAGGAGAUAACAAAGGCAGAAGCACAGUGCAAGGAGCUGAGGAGGAAGCUUCAAGAUGAGGAGAAUCACAAUCGUGAGCUGAAACUUGAAAUUGAAAAGCUACAGAAAAGGAUGGCAGACUUGGAGAAACUUGAGGGAACUUUUAACGUGAGCAAAUCAGAGUGUACACAACUUCAUGCAAGCCUAGAACGAGAGAAGGUCUUGACAAAGAACUUAACCAAGGAGCUGGAAACUGUUAAAAAUCAUGUUAAAGAGCUUCAGUGUGCUGAGUCUAGGCUUGAAAAGGCAGAAAGUAGCUUAAAAGAUGAUUUGACAAAACUCAAGUCAUUUACUGUAAUAUUGGUGGAUGAGAGGAAGAACAUGGCAGAGAGAAUUAAGCAAGAGGAGCAAAAAAGCGAGGACAUGAGCAAGCUAUUUAAGGCUGAGCAAGGCAAGGUCAUGGAAAUCACAGAGAAGCUGAUUGAAGAGAGCAAAAAGCUUUUGAAACUGAAGUCAGAGAUGGAGACGAAAGUGUCAGCUCUCACAAAGGAGAAAAAUGACCUAAGGACUAGACUUGCAUGUGAAGAAGAGAAACAAAAUGAUCUCAAUGCAAAGGUCAAGCUAAUGCAAAAGAGAGUGGACUGUUUGGAGGAGGCUGAAAGACGAUCCAGAAACAGACCUGAUGUAGACAAGGCAAGAUAUGCUGAUGAAGACAACAAGGUUAAGGAGUUAACAGAGGAGAUUGAUAGGCUGAAGAACCGCUUGAAGCAGCUAGAAGUUGUGGAGGGUGAUUUGAUGAAGACAGAGGAUGAAUAUGAUAUGCUUGAAAAGAAGUUCAGAACAGAGCAGGAUAAGGCCAAUGUCCUUUCUCAGCUCCUGGAGGAAAUGAAGUCACAGAUUGCCAGAAACAAGGCCAUUGAAAAGGGGGAGGCCGUGAGCCAAGAAGCUGAACUAAGAUUGAGGUGCAAGAUGGAGGAGGCCAAAACCAGAGAUUUGCAGGCAGAUGUCCUGGCUCUUAAGGAGAAGAUUCAUGAACUGAUGAACAAGGAGGAUCAGUUAUCUCAACUUCAGGUCGAUUACACAGUUCUACAGAAGAGGCUCAUCGAAGAGCAGGACAAAAAGAAAAGUAUGAGCCAACAGAUUCUACACCUCACCAAAGAGUUAGAGGUGACUAAGCGAUACAGCAGAGCACUACGGCCUAGCAUGAAUGGAAGGAGGAUAGUGGACGUCCCUCUUACUUCAACAGCUGUCCAGACAGAUGCACAUACUAAUGAAGCACUUGAAGAGGAGACUCCAGCAGUAUUCAUAAGGAAAUCUGUUCUGGAAGAAAAUCAUGUGAUGAGCAAUUUGAGGCAGAAAGGUCUUAAAAAACCAGCAGUGCUGGACCGUUAUCCGCCUGCAUCUGCAGAACUAGGUAUGAAAAAAUCAUUGAUUCCUUGGAUGAAGAAAAAAGAAGCAAGUGCUGAUGCACAGGAUGCCUUAGACAAGUUGACUUAUAAAGUUAAUGGAGAUGCGUCCCCUCAAUCUCCAGAGUUAACCAUGUCACAAAAACCAGGCCAGCCACUGCAUAUAAGGGUGACUCCAGAUCAUCAAAACAGCACUGCCACAUUGGAGAUCACCAGUCCUCGUGCUGAGGACUUCUUCUCAAGUACCACAAUUAUCCCCACUUUAGGGCUGCAGAAACCACGGAUAACUAUAGUUCCUAAACCCACUACUGUGUCACCAAAGGGCAGCUUUGACGUAAUGGACAGGACCAAGUCUCCAGUGACCAUUACGACCAUUUCUAGAGCCAAGUCACCAGAGGGAAGCAAGAUCUCCUACCCUGAUUCUCCAAGCUCUCCUGUCUCAGUCAUCACAGUUAGCACAAGCCCAGUGAUGCAGGCGCCUAUCUCUCCAGAACCUCAGGAGACCUCAAGCAUGGGCCGUGCUGUGUUUAAGGUGACUCCGGAGAAGCAGACGGUGCCAACACCAGUCCGCAAAUACAACUCCAACACCAAUAUCAUAACAACAGAAGACAACAAAAUCCAUAUUCACCUAGGGAGUCAAUACAAGAGGUCUCAGGACUCUGGAAGCAGUCCCACACUCACAGUAAGGCCUCUGACUGUAUGCACAGAGAGCAAGGAGACACCCAAUAUGGGGACUGUCCUGCGUUCUCCCCGACAGUCCUCCACUACUUUAGGGAAAACCACACCUGGCAAGAUGACAAGUAGCAUCACCAUUACCCCCAUCACAUCUGCUCCUUCCAAGCCAACUCAGUCUGUGUUGCUUCUGAAUUGUUUCAAAAUGAUAUCAGGGGGUGUCUGCUCCCUAGAUAGAUCUCUGUCCAGUCCGGGACGGAUGUGCAGUCAACUCGGACUUGCUCGGCAACACGAAUCCCUAUGUCAAAAGAAAAUGUUGUGCUCCGCAUGACUUUUGAGCCUCGUUGACACUGAGGUGUAGCACUAAGGCCAAACACCUCCACAGCACAGACUGCGGUGUUCGUGUCAGCUCCUCAACGGCACCUGGAUCAACACCACCCUGAACUUUACCUCAGAACCAAGCUAGGAAUCUGGAGCACACAAGUCUGUUGUGUUGUUGACAUGUUUUUUUCUUAAUAGAGUGUGAUUCAGUGGUGAUGGAUGUUUUGUGGACAAAAAAAGUAAGUUGUGGGAUAACAUGGAAAAUGAAUGCAUGUGAAUAGGAAAGAGCUGGAUUGAAAUUUUACAGAAGAACAUAUAUAAUACAGUGUAAACAUGACUGACAUUUACAAGAUAUCAGUGACUGUAUGUGAGAUGUAAGUGAUCAUUUAAUUUUGUUUUAAUUUAAUUCUGAACACCUCAGAAUUGUAUGUAUAUGCAGUUAUGAUGGAAUUGCUGUGGAAAUAUAUGUAUACACAAACACUGACAUUAUAGAGCUAGUGUUUUAAUGGAGUGCCUUUUAAAUUAAAAUAUGGACUUUUAUUACUUUUAAUAACACAUGAUACAAUCUGUACAAGUCCAGAUAUGCUUUCUAAAACAGAAGUUGUUGACUUGAUGGACAUACAGCUAUAAACUACCUUGUACAUAGUGUGAUUAUUAAACAGGAAUCAGGCAAACUGGAGUAGGUUAAUAAAAGUCUGAAAUGAUGGGCACUUUCAAUAAACUAACACAAUUUUAUCA